UGUCUUCUUGUUUGGGAUGAAACAAACAUGGCAGCUCCUUCCAGCGAAGUCCAGCUCGUUCCUGUUAAAAAGCCCACAGUCCGAGGACCACGGCGGGUAGCCAAUCAAAUUCCAGAUGAAAUCCUUCAGGACGUCGAGUUACAGGAGGCGAUCAAAGCCCUGCCUGCAAAUUACAACUUUGAGAUCCACAAGACAAUUUGGCGAGUGAGACAAGCCAAAGCUACGAGAGUGGCUUUGCAGCUUCCAGAGGGCCUGCAAAUGUUCGCCUGUGUCAUCGCUGACAUAAUUGAGAGGUUCACGGAGGCGGACACCAUCGUGAUGGGGGACGUGACAUACGGCGCCUGCUGCGUGGACGACUUCACCGCCCGAGCCCUGGGAGCCGACUUCAUGGUGCACUAUGGACACAGUUGUCUCAUCCCCAUAGACUCCACGGCAGGUAUCAAGAUGCUGUACGUGUUUGUGGACAUCCAGAUGGACAACGCACACUUCCUGGACACGGUCAAGUUCAACUUCACUCCCGGACAAACCCUGGCACUCGUUAGCACUAUUCAGUUUGUGGCAGCACUGCAGGCUGUGAGUGCAGUGCUGAAGUCAGACUAUGACAUCCUGGUCCCACAAUGUCGACCCCUUUCACCAGGAGAAAUCUUGGGCUGCACCUCCCCUCGCUUGGACCGUCACGUCAACGCCAUAAUUUAUCUAGGAGAUGGAAGAUUUCACCUGGAGUCGAUAAUGAUCGCAAACCCAGAGAUCGCUGCCUACAGAUAUGACCCGUACAGUAAGGUUUUCUCCCGGGAGUACUAUGACCACGAGGCCAUGCGUACCUUAAGACUCCAGGCUGUCGAGAAGGCUCGCUCAGCCCAGAGAUGGGGCCUGAUCUUGGGCACGCUGGGCCGACAGGGCAAUCCCAAAGUCCUGGAGCACCUGGAGUCCCGGCUUCAGUCGUUGGGCAAGUGCUUCACUCGAGUGCUCCUGUCUGAGAUUUUCCCCGGCAAGCUGGAUCUAAUGUCAGAUGUAGAUGCGUGGGUCCAGAUCGCUUGUCCACGCCUUUCUAUCGACUGGGGCUCAGCCUUCUCUAAACCCCUGCUGUCUCCGUAUGAGGCAGCUGUAGCUCUACAGGAAGUGAGCUGGAAGGAAGUCUACCCCAUGGACUUCUACUCCAAUCAGAGCCUGGGGCCGUGGGCGCCCAACCAUCCUGACAACCAACCUGUGCGGCCCACUCGCAGGCAGGCCCAGAAGCCAGGCUCGGAGCCAGCUCUCCCUACCGGCAAGCAGUGUGGGCAGACCGAGUGCGCCCCCUGUGGCUGCCAAGGGGAAUGAUGCAUCGUGACCGGCGCCGUCUCUCCCGACUCGUCAUGUGCCUGCCGCCGCCGCUGCUCCUGCUUCACGACUGGAGGGAGGUCAGGCCAGAGGAGGAGAGCGGGUGUCUGUCCAGACUGUGUAUCAGAGGAGCCCUCAGCCCCCCCUCAACGGGAUUACCAGCCAUAAAUAAUCCCUCAUCUUACACAGCACAGCAGAUCCAACCAAAUUCACUGCCCUCAUUCACAUUUUUGGCAUGAAUUCUGAUCCCAGAAUACAUGCGACAGAGAGAAUAGCUUUUGUGUUUGGGCUCACACAUGUUCACGAGUCAGGUUUCUAUGACACGCCGCUCUGCUGAGAGAGGUAGUCUUCCUGCAC